AGGGCGGAAGUGGAGGAGGAGGAAGAGGAGACGAAGAAGACCCACCUUCUUCCUUUUCCUGUCGGGAUCCUCCAUUGCAGGCACAGCAGGGAGCUUCUCUCUGUGAGAGGUGGCUGAAGGUGAAGGAGGAGGAGGCCAAAGGCAAAAGGGAACAGUAGCCAGCUUUCCAUGAAGCUCAGAAAAGUCACCUUCUCCCCAAACUCUCCAUGGUCAUGAAUGGAGAAAGAGGCAGGAAGUGUGAUAAGGAGGCGAGCUGAUUGAAGUGAACCAGGAGGGGAAAUGAAUGCCGAACGAGAAGAAGUGAGCCUUUUGGCUUGCAACGAGUAUGAGGUCGUAACCGAGAAGGUGAAAAUUGAAGAGCAGGAGACCAGAGGCCCUGCGCUGUUGGAGAGUCCGAAGCGGUCCAGAAAGACCUCUCACCCCGUCCAGAUUGGGAAGAUCGGAGAACGCCUGAGCUGGGUGGCGGCAAAACAAGCCGAACAUGAGCUGAACAAUGGCCUGUUGUCCCAGUGUCCGGAUUUCCUGAAGACGAUACAGGUUCCUUAUUCAGGUUGGAGAAGCCCGCAAAGGUCUAGGACCCCUUUCCCAUCUCCUUUGGGAACUCUGGCCGGCAAGUCUCAUGGGCCGGAUGAAGAGGUGACGAGCAGAGGUCUGCAAAGCAGUCCAAGUACAGAUUGCGGUGAAAAGGCAGGCAAUGACAACGGGAAGGGAGAUGUCUCGCAGGAAGAAGAUCUCACCGUCGAGAUGCAACGGCAACGCUUCCGGUGGUUCUGCUACCAAGAGGCUGAGGAACCCAGGCAGAUUUGCGCCCAGCUCCGUGAACUCUGCCUCCAGUGGCUACAGCCGGAUCUCAACUCAAAGGAACAAAUGGUUGACCUGAUCGUCCUGGAGCAAUUCCUGGCCAUCUUGCCAGAGGAAAUCCAGAGCUGGGUGGGAGAUGCAGGACCCGAGACCUGCGCCCAAGCUGUGGAUCUAGUGGAAGAGUUCCUUCUGCGGCAGCAAGAGACGGAGAGGUGGAAACAGGAGGUACUGGGGGAAUUCGAGGAAGUGGCCAUGAGCUUCUCUCGAGAAGACGAUGCCGGCGAGGGACAGCUUUCCAGGGAGAUCAAGCGGGAGACAGUGACUUUGUUGGACAACGAGUGGGAGACUGAGGAGGAAGGAUCAUCAUUUGACCCAUCAUUAGAAAGAGUCGAGCCUAGAGACCCUGGAGAAAAUGUUGAGGAUCAAGCUAAGAAGCAGCAGAGGAAAGGCCGGAAACCAAGACAGAAAUCUCCUUUCAGCCAGAUGGAGGUGAAGAUGAAAGUGAAGAUGGAGGUGAAGGAGACCACUGCAGGAAGCCCACCACCUUUGGGGUUGCCCAACGAGCCCCGGGACUCCCUCCAGGCUGAGACCAGCAGAGACAGACUCUACAAGUUUGUGCCCAAAGUUAAGUCAGAGCCAGAGGAAGGGGAGGUCAAGCCCUGGGUGGGCCAGUGGACGGACCUCCGGGAGGCAGGGGAGCCCUCUUGCUCUGCAUGGGGGAGUGUCCCCCCACCAGAGGUGCGGUCGGUGGCCUGCGAGACCCGCCUCAAAGAAGAACCACCCUCCCUGCCACCUUCCCCGGGUGUGAAAGCCGAAGAGCCGGAGGCCUGCCUGGAUGAGAAGAAUGACGACCUGAGCGACGAAGACUUGGAGGUCGACCUCCAGCGUCAGCGUUUCCGAAACUUCCUCUACAAGGAGGCCGAGGGGCCCCGGGCAGCAUACCUCCAACUUGAGGAGCUCUGCUAUGGGUGGCUGCAGCCCGACAUGCGCAGCAAGGAGGAGAUCUUGGAGCUGCUGAUCCUGGAGCAGUUCUUGACUGUCCUGCCACCGGACAUGGAGAGCUGGGUCAGGGCGCGGGGCCCGGAGAGCUGUGACUGGGCCGUGGAGCUGGCAGAAGACUUCCUGCAGUGGCAGCAAGAGGCAGAUGAGUGGGGAGAGCAGGAUAUUGGAAGGGUGGAGGAGGUGAGUUCGACCUUCUCCCAAGGCGGCCAGACUUUGCUGGACACCAAAGAGAAGAGUUCUGGCGGAGCGAAGAAGCGGAAGAGGGACACAGGUUCCAAUAUGUUGCAAGGUGAUCAAAGGAUGAAAGAGGAGAUGGAGGAAUCACAGGGAGCCGUUUUCUCCGAAGAUGAGGACGACGGAGAAAUCUUUAUCAGGCCAGAAGGAGUGGCGGGACCCUUUGGGGGCCGAAAACAGGAGUGGAAGACACAAGAUGAAAUUUGCAAGGUCACCAUUCCCAACGACACGCCGCCUGGGACGCAGGGAAAGCCGUGCCCGGUCUGCGGGAAGUGCUUCAACCGGCUCUCCCACCUGAAGAGGCACGUAGCGAUCCACACGGGAGAGAGGCCCUACAAGUGCUCCAUUUGUGGGAAAGGUUUCACGCAGAAAACCAACCUCGCCGCCCACGAGGCCGUCCACAGGGAAGGCAUCUGCUCGGAUUGCGGGAAGAGCUUCAAGCUGAAAUGGGGCUUGACAACGCAUCCCAUGGGGGAGAUGUGGUACAAAUGCCGGCCCUGCAAACGGAUCUACGAGUUGUCCCGGCCGAGGCCGCCGGUGAACGCCUCCGGGGAAGGGAUGGAAGGAUCCUCCAAUCAGCUGGCGGAGAACGAAGUGGAGGAGUGGAUGUGCCGGUCCCUGAAAGUCCCGGGGGGCGUCCUGUGCAAAGUGAAAGCCUCCUCAAAAAUUCCCGGGACGUACAAAGGGAAGAAACAGAGCCCGUGCCAUGUGUGCGGGAAGGUCUUCGCCACCCGCUCCAGCCUUAACCGACACCAGCGCAUCCACACAGGGGAGAAGCCAUACAUUUGCUCCAUCUGCGGGAAGAGCUUCAACCAGAAGACCAGCCUGCUGACCCACUCCUUCAUCCACAGCGAGCACAAGCCCUACCAGUGCUCCGAGUGCGGGAAGAGCUUCCGCCACUCGACCGGCCUCCUGGUGCACCAGCGCAUGCACACGGGGGAGAAGCCUUACAAGUGCUCCAUCUGCCAGAAGCACUUCAGCCAAAGCAGCCACGUGGUCAAGCAUAUCUCCAGGAAGCACGCCAAGGAGAAAGAACUACUCAGCGCCGCUUUUGCUUCCACGGCGGAGGCCCAGCUUUAUACUACCACGGUGGAGUCCCAGCUUUUUACUACCACGGCGCAGGCCCAGCUUUUUACUUCCCCACCGGAGACCCAGCUUUUUACUUCCACUGCGGAGAACCAGCUUUUUACUUCCACUGCGGAGACCAAGCUAUUCACUUCCCCACCGGAAAACAAGCUAUUCACUUCCCCACCAGAGAACAAGCUAUUCACUUCCCCACCGGAGAACAAGCUAUUCACUUCCCCACCGGAGACCCAGCUUUUUGCUUCCACAGCGGAGACCAAGCUAUUUACUUCCAGGCCGGAGACCCAGCUUUUUAAUUCCACAGCAGAGACCCGGCUUUUUACUUCCCCACCGGAGACCCAGCUUUUUACUUCCAGAGCAGAAGCCCAGCUCUGAUUAUUUUUUUCUUCUCCCCAUGAAUUAGAGAGAUACAGAGAGGGCAAUUCGGUUUGGUCUUUGGAAAAAAGAUUCCUUUCAAGAGUGCAUGUGUGUAGAGAAAUUACCCGGCCAAAAAGGAUCGCCCACAACUCCUCCUGUACAGGACUCUUGGGUUAGAAGAGAAACCUCCCGCCUCUUUGAAGAAGCAGUGACCAAAGUGGUCACCAUUCCCAUUUUUAAUUUGCUGUCGGAAGUGCCGAUGCUCCCACUAUUUGGCUUCAUUGGAUGAGCCAGGAAUGAAGAAAAACUUUCCUUUAUCCCACCUGUUCUACACCAUGCAUAUUUUAAUACAUCUCUAUUACGUC